AAAUAUCCUCACAAAAAAAUGGUGCACAUAAAAAGUUAGGACCAAAAGGAAAAUGAAAGUCCUCAUUAUAAACCCAAAGAAACAGAGAAGUAUUGUCCAAGUUAGGACCUCCAUUUCUGACCAUUCUCAAGCUUUUCUCUCUCUCUCUCUUCAAUGCUGAAACCAAAACAAGUAACAUCAAACUCAUGAUGACUGUAUAGAACUUGAAAAAUGGAGUGUUGGGUUUUCUGGGGUAUUUUUUUAAGUGGUUUAAUUCUCCGGGCUGACGCCGUUGUCGGCGGCAUUAGCGGUCGAGUUAGUUUUGGGUUUGUUGGUGGUGGUGGAGGCAGCGGUGGAGAAGGUAUUUGGGUUGGCGGUGGAGGGGGAAACACUCCGAAUCCGAAUCCGACCCCGACUCCGCAUCCAAAUCCAUUAUUAGGGACGGUCCUAAACAGAGCAUACUCUGUUCUUCAGACAUGGAAAUCUGCAAUUUCCGACGAUCCCACCGGAACUUUAACCACAUGGGUCGGCUCCGAUGUGUGUUCUUACAAAGGAAUCUUCUGUACAACUCUCAGUUCCGGCCAAAUCUCCGUCACUGGAAUCGACCUCAACGGCAAAAAUCUCAGAGGAACACUCAUCAAGGAGAUGGCCCUUCUCACUGAUCUGACCCUCAUUCACUUAAACAGCAACAGACUUUCCGGCACUGUUCCGGUGACAUUCCGGCAACUCGUCCGCCUUCAAGAACUCGAUCUCAGCAACAACAAUUUCUCCGGCGAAUUUCCAUCCGCCACUCUCUACAUUCCAAGUCUCAGGUAUUUGGACCUCAGAUUCAACUCCUUCAGUGGCCCAAUCCCGGAAGGUUUGUUCUUCAUGGGAUUAGAUGCCAUUUUCCUCAACAACAACCAAUUCUUCGGCGAAAUCCCACAAAACCUCGGGAAUUCGCCGGCGUCUGUGAUAAAUCUUGCAAAUAAUAACUUUACCGGAGCAAUUCCGGCGAGUUUUGGUUAUAUGGGACCGAGAUUGAAAGAAAUUCUGUUUCUAAACAACCAAUUAAGCGGUUGCAUUCCUGAAGGAGUUGGGUUUUUAACAGAGAUUGAAGUUUUGGAUUUCAGUUUCAACAAAUUGUUCGGUCAUCUUCCUGAUACAAUCUCUUGUAUGAAUCAAGUCGAGAUUUUGAAUCUCGCCCACAACCAACUUUCUGGCGUCGUUUCCGAUUUGGUUUGUUCUUUGAGAAGCCUUGUGAAUCUGUCCGUAGCUGAUAAUUUCUUCUCCGGCUUCAACCAGCAGUGUCGGAAUCUCUUCGGCGGGUUCGAUUUGUCGUUCAAUUGCAUUCCCGGAGUGACUCUGCAGCGACCGUCGCCGGAUUGUUCGCUAAUUCCGGGAAUGGGGUUAAAUUGCUUACGGGUUCCGGUACUUCCACGGCCGUUGGUUUGUGGGCGGCUAGUUAAAACGCCGAUGGCGGAGGCGGAGGCGGAGGCGCCGCCGCCGUGAGUGGAAUGGUCGGAAGUAGGCGGUGACAGCCGGUGGGUAGGUGAUUGAUUAAAUGGCAAUAACUAUACAGAUUUUUGGGGUUUUCUUUGAGGGAGAAUUGAAUGUAGAUCUUCUUCACAUUUAAUUCUUCAUGGAAACAGUACUAUCUGAGAUUUUAAUGGUGUGUAGAUUUGUAAAAGAACGUGACAAUCAAAUCUCUUAUUUAAUUACUCCAAUACUUUAGCGAAUAUUUUGAUCCAA